GUUCAGCUUUGUAGUGUGAUUGAGAUGCAAAGACAUGUUCGCGCUUUAGCGGCAACCGCAUUCACGGUAAACGCUACAUGUCGGCCCAAUUGGAAAUGACCUUUUACAUUUAUAUCGCUGAAUCUGCAACCAGAAAUAGCUAUUGGUUUUCUGGUUCGUUAAAAGAGCUAAACUUAGAUAUGUUUUUGUUGGUUUGAUAAAUUAGACCAUGCCCAUUUCAAGCUUAUCUGUAAAAGUUACAUCAGAAUAUUUAGCCAAGUUAGCAGGCUAACUCAUUGAUCCUAUUUUGUAGUAUUACCCCCCCCAUCUUUCAAAGUCCCUGAUUUAAGACACAAUUUGCUGUGUAGUUGCGUAUCAACCAGACUAGGUGGAAUUGCAUGAGCUGUCAAAUCCGACAGCUGCUCCAAGCAUAAUUGGUGCCACGUUCAAAACAACUGGGAACUUGGAAAUGUCCAACUUCAGUACAUUCAAAACAACUGAACUCGUAAAAAAAAAAAAACAAGCUCCGACUGGGGGAAAAUUGAUUUGAAUGGUCAUUUAGCUCUGAAUUCCAACUCGGGUACUCUGGCCUCAUUAUAGAGCUCUGACUUUCCGACCUAAAGAUCACUAAAGUCAUGAUUUGACCUAUUAUUUUUCCAAGUUCCCAUUUGUUUUGAACGCAGCAUGGGAACACUGGAAAAAUACGAGGUCAAAUCAUGAUGUCUGCAGUGGUGGAAAAGGUGCUCAAUUGUCAUACUUGAGUAAAAGUUAAGAUACCUUAAUAGAAAAUGACUCAAGUAAAAGUGAGUCACCCAGUAAAAUACUACUUCAGUAAAAGUAUCUGGUUUUAAAUGUACAGUAGUUGAAAAAGUACUCAAUUGUCAUAAGUAAAAGUUGUACAUCAAUUUUUUUAUAUUAAGCAAACCCGAUAUCACAAUUUCUUGUUUUUUAAAUUAUGUACAAUCAGGGGAACACUAACACUCAUAAUUUACAAAUGCAGUAUUUGUGUUGAGUGAGUUCGCCAGAUCAGAGGCAGUAGGGAUGACAAUGCGUUGUAUUGAUAGGUGCUUGAAUUGGACCAUAAAUGCUGUACAGCAUGAGCAUUCUCAAUGUAAAGAGUAGGCUACUUUGGGGUGUCUGGGAAAAUGUAUGAGAAAAAGUACAUAUUUUCUUUAGGAAUGUAGUGGAGUAAAAGUAAAAGAGAGCCCCAAAAAAUGACUAAUGUAGUACUUCAAAGUAUUUUUAUUUAGUUACUUUACACCACUGGAUGUCGGUAAUCUUCAGGUCGUAAAGUCAGACCUCUAGAAAGUGGCCCGAGUUCCCGACUUGAAAUUCCGAGUUGGACGACCGUUCAAAACUAUUUUUCCCAGUCAGAGCAACAAAAAAAUGUGAGUUCCCAGUUGUCUUGGACGCUCGGAAGACGGAGAGUUCCAAGUUGUUCUGAACGCAACAUAUACCUAUAGCGGACAUUGGCGAAAGCAUAAAUCAUAGUCCACAGACGCAAGGACGCGAUAGUCCUGCUUCCCAUUGUAACAUAGCUACAUGUCUCUGACACCACCAACCGAGGGGGACGUACAACCUCUCCUCACAAUGCCCAACCAACGCGUCUCCCGCACUAAAAAUGGCAGAGGAUAUUGCGACUAAGCUCCAGAACUACCGCACUGCUCCCUUCGAUGCCAGAUUCCCCAAUCAAAAUCAGACAAGGAACUGCUUCUACAACUAUCUGGAUUUUCAUCGCUGCCAAAAAUCCCUGGACGCCAAAGGAGUCGACACUGCCCCGUGUGACUGGUAUAAGAGGGUCUACAAAUCACUCUGCCCCAUUUCCUGGAUCCAGAAAUGGGACGACCAGAGGGAGGCGGGGACCUUCCCAGGGAAAAUUUGAAUGGCAUCUCCAAAGAAGUGUACUUCAUGGCAAUAAGUUUGUAUGAGUAGGACUCCUGGUCGGUCGUCCACUACUCCUCUGGAAUGUGAGCAGAGUAUAACUGAAUACCGUAGUCAUUCCUUAUCAAAGAGAAUAAUUGUGUUGCAGAUUAUGCAUUAAAGUGUCUUGGGCGAUGUUUAUCAAA